UCGGACUCCCAGAAGGCAGACGGCACCAUCAGACACACCCAGCGAAGCAAGAAUCCGAGGGGAAAGGCAGCAAGGGAGAAUGGCGCCGUGGACACCAUCGCCCGUCGCCGCCGCCGCCUCCCAGGCCCAAUUCGGCUUCUCGGCCGCCCGGCCGGCGCAGGCGCGGCAGGCCGUCGCCCUGCCGCCUCUCGCCCGCAGGUUCCCCGGCUCCUCCCUCCUCGCCGUCAACGCCCCCGCCCCCGCCCCCUCGUGGAGGCGCCAUGCCCUCGCGACCGAGGUCGAGGGCCUCAACAUCGCCGACGACGUCACGCAGCUCAUCGGCAAGACGCCCAUGGUGUAUCUCAACAAGAUCGUCAAGGGCUGCGUCGCCAACGUCGCCGCCAAGCUCGAGAUUAUGGAGCCCUGCUGCAGUGUCAAGGACAGGAUAGGUAUCAGUAUGAUAUCCGACGCUGAGGAGAAGGGUUUGAUAACACCCGGAAAGAGUGUUUUGGUGGAAGCAACAAGUGGAAACACAGGCAUUGGUCUUGCGUUCAUUGCUGCUUCCAGGGGAUAUAAGUUGAUACUGACAAUGCCCACAUCUAUGAGCAUGGAGAGGAGAGUUCUACUCAAGGCUUUUGGCGCUGAACUUGUGCUCACAGAUGCUGCAAAAGGGAUGAAAGGGGCCCUAGAUAAAGCUACAGAGAUCUUGAAUAAGACACCCAAUUCAUAUAUGCUUGAGCAGUUUGACAACCCUGCCAACCCAAAGGUACAUUAUGAGACUACUGGGCCAGAAAUCUGGGAGGAUUCAAAAGGGAAGGUAGAUAUAUUCAUUGGUGGAAUCGGAACGGGCGGAACAAUAUCUGGUGCUGGUCGUUUCCUGAAGGAGAAAAAUCCCGACGUCAAGGUUAUUGGUGUUGAACCUACUGAAAGUAACAUCCUCUCUGGUGGUAAACCUGGCCCACAUAAGAUUCAAGGCAUUGGAGCAGGAUUUGUUCCUAGGAAUUUGGACAGUGAUGUUCUCAAUGAAGUAAUUGAGAUAUCAAGCGAUGAGGCUGUUGAGACAGCAAAGCAGUUGGCUCUUCAGGAAGGAUUGCUGGUCGGGAUCUCAUCUGGGGCAGCCGCGGCCGCUGCCAUAAAGGUUGCCCAGAGACCAGAGAACGCAGGGAAGCUGAUAGUGGUGGUGUUCCCGAGCUUCGGCGAGAGGUACCUGUCAUCAGUCCUGUUCCAGUCCAUCAGAGAAGAGUGCGAGAAGAUGGAGGCCGAAGCGUGAGGACCAUUUCCACGCUUGGCGAAGAAGCUUUUCUGCUCCGUCUUCCUCUCCGUCGAACCGAAUAAGAAUAAGGCGGCAUGGAAACGAACGAACGGUUGACCUACGCCCGUCGCUCACAUUUUGUUGGUAUUGAUUGAUAUGAUGAUGACACGCAUGGUUGUAAGGAAACAAUUACAUCUCUUUUUUGGAUGAGCAACGCUCACUCGCUCGCUCAAAGCAGAAAUCAGGCAGCCUGUGUACAUUGAAAUUUGAAAAUGUUUGUGUUUGGUGUUUUUUCUGA